GUUUUGCAAUGCAUUUCAUAAUUCUCUUUUAUUGUGUUUUGGUAUUAGAUUUAGUAUUAUUUUAAUACACUACAAUUCUCAUCCCAAGAUUUUAGAACACUUUUAAUUUAAAGAAUGUAAACUGCAAUUCACUGAUGAUUCAACCUUUGUAUUAUCAUCAGUGUGUUAUCCUGUCAACCUUUGUAAUCAAUAACGUAACUCAAAGAGUCUCCUACAGUUUGUUUUGUAUUGACCUUUGUAAUUCUUCUGUGUACUUCAAAACUUUUAGCUUUAUCAGUAAUGAUUUAAGUAUGAUGUAAUGUAAAUGUUUUUAUUGUAACAGAACUAUUCUUUUAAAUUGGUGUUAGAUUUAUGGCCAGUGAAGGAAUCCGACAUGAAUAGAUGAUGAAACAGAGCUCUGCUCCUCUUCUGCCCCAGAGCAAGUCUUGACAGUCUCGUAGUCACUUCUCGCCCAGCAUGGGCAGUGCUUCAUCCAAGUUCAAGAAGUACCUUCAUAAUGGCGAUGAAUUUGCUGCUAUGCAGGUUUUUCAAAGUUCUCCAGAACUACGUAAGAACCUUGACCCCAACCUUAGCUAUGGGGACAGUCACCACCACAACACUGCCCUGCAUUAUGCAGCCCGACACGGCAUGAAGCACUUGCUCAGAACAUUUCUCAAUGAUCUCGGGGGCAAUCCUAACAAAAAGAAUGGGUGUAAUGAGACUGUGCUGCAUGCUGCGUGUACACUGGGAGCACACAAGACAUUUUCUGCGCAAGAGAGGAGAGCUGCUUGUGUCACACUGCUGCUGCAAUGGCGAGGCGUUGAACUGAACUCUGGUGACCAAAGGGAGAAAGUAGAUCUCACAGCACAAGAUAACAAUGGCAACACUGCACUUCACCACGCAGCGGCGGCUGGUCUGCAACGUUGCGUGGAGUUGCUCCUAGCGCACGGUUCACCAUUAUUUGCUGAGAACAAUGAAAAACUGACACCAUGUGACCUGGCCAUGCGUGAGGAACACCAUAACAUUGCGCGGUUACUGGAAUCUCGUAUGGUUUUUGCGGAUAGCAGUGAUACCAUCAAUGAGGCCCAGCUUUAUGGCCCAGGAGAGGAGGUGUACAGUGGGUUGCGGACUCAGGAUCUGCAGGAGGCCAAGGACCAACUUCUGGUAGAAACGUCAGAUAUGCUCAACAUCCCGCUCUUCACUGCCGAAGCUCUCCUCAGGGAUAACGAAUGGUCACGGGAAUCACUUUUGGAGAAGUGGAUGAAGGACCCUGUGCAGUGUUGCCAACUGGCUGGUGUGCAGCCUCCGACAUCAGCGUGGCAACAUUGCGGGGGUGAGGCCACUAGACUGACUCUUACCGAGACGCAGCAGGACUCCGUCGAUGACAAAAAUAAGAGUGAUCAGCCUGAGGAAAUUGUCUGUGAUAUCUGCCUGGUGGCUGUGUCGGUAUGGGAUGUUCCGGCUGCCCUUUCGUGCCUCCACCGCUUCUGUUCUGCUUGCUGGGAGCGUUACCUUACUGUCAGAAUACAGGAGGGUGAUGCCCACCACAUAUUGUGUCCUGCUGCUAUGUGUCACAUCCUGGUGCCUCCUGAGCUCAUAGAGAAGCUUGUCAGUCCAGACGUCGCUCGCAGAUAUUUGCAGUUUGACAUCAAGGCAUUUGUCGAGACGAACCGCAGCAUCAAAUGGUGUCCUAUGGCCGGAUGUGGCCGUGCUGUCCGUCUACCUGAAAUUGAACAAACACGCAACCAACCACAAGCAACCACCUCUCAUGCUGUCGACUGUGGGAAUGGUCACUUCUUCUGUUGGGAGUGCCUAGGUGAGGCACAUGCCCCCAGCGGUUGUCAGCAGUGGCAGCAAUGGCAGACCAAAAUAGCGCAGGUCAAGCCUGAGCAGCUGCAGACAUCGAGUUCUGAGACAGAAGAUGCUGCCAACUGCCUCUGGUUGGUCACUAACUGUAAGCCCUGUCCCAACUGCAAGAGCCCGAUCCAGAAAAACGAGGGCUGCAACCACAUGAAGUGUUCCAAGUGUAAGUCUGACUUCUGCUGGGUCUGCCUGGAGAGCUGGAAGAAACACAGUUCAGCAACUGGAGGCUACUUCCGCUGUAACAGGUUUGAGGCAGUGCACAAGGCGGAUGAAAAACAAGGAAUUUUAAUCAGUGAGGCCUUACUAAGAAAUCAACAGACAACUCAGCUGAACCGGUUCCUCCACUAUUACACCCGCUUUCGAAACCACGAGAACAGCCGGAAGUUAGAAGAAGGGCUGCUAGCCGGUGUCAGGAAAAAAAUGGAAAACUUAGCAUCGUCUUUUAAGAAAGGAGAAGUGCCUGCUGAAGUCAAAUUUGUAGAGGAAGGUGUGAGAGAACUGCUCAAGGCUAGGAGGAUACUCUGUGGCUCCUAUGUCUACGGUUAUUACUUGGAGGACAACGGAUAUAGCAGAACUAUCUUUGAGUUCAUGCAGAAUGAGCUGGAAGAGGUAACUGAAAGACUGAGCGAGAUGGUGGCUCGGCCAUACUUGCGCACACCUCGCUCUGUCAUCGUGCAGACAACAGCCUUGGCUCGCAGGAAACGGCAUGAGUUUGCACGAGCAGUCUCCAAAGGUCUUGUACCCCCAGAGACACCACCGACUCUACGUAAACUUCGAAGACGUAACUACAGGGUACUGGCAAUAGACACCAACAAUGAUGCAGAACAAGUGCAAGCAAUUGCAGAGUCCCUGAAGGAUUUGGACUCAAACAACCCAUGGGUGAAGGACGCUCGAGGUCGUCACAACAAUUUAAGUGCUAUUUAUGACUGGCCUGAUUUUGACUCAGACGAUGAGGAGAUGAACCAUGCUCUUGCUGUGAGUCUGCUAGGACAAUGUGUGCGACUGGACUGUACCAAGCCUCGAGCCCGUAACCCUCGCACCUGUGUCCUCCACAACUACUGCAGCCUCCACUGCAGCCAGAUAGACAAGCUGGGUCUCCAUCCUGAUUCGUAUCAAGUGAACGUGACAGCAGAUUACAACAUGGACCUGGUGAUUGCUUUAGAAAUGUCUCGUCUGCAGAUGAUAGAAGAUGAGAUGAAACAACGCCAGAAAAAGGAGAACAAGGAAACAGAAACAUCUCCAAGCACAAGUACAGAGCAACCUGAAGAGCCAAUUCAUGGAGAUGAGCAGCUCGAUCUGGCCAUACAGCUGUCCCUUCAGGAGAACACAGAGAUGUCUCAGUCACAGUCCGAGGAAUAUCAGAAGACCAGUGCCGAUCUUACUGUUGACUACUUUCUUAAAAGUUUGGCUGGUAGAGACAUCGAUGUGCAGAACCUCAACACUUCUGAAGGCUCUGAAGUUAUUUCUCCCCCACAGGACAGCCUGUGGAGCUCUAAGACAUCUGAUAAAGAAAUUCUAUCUGGAUGGAAAACUCCAUAUGUGGCCGAAGACGGACACUUCGAGAUUGGAGAUAUCCAUGAGACAGGACUGUACAAUGAUCCUGAUGAGUUCAACAGUGAUGUGGAUGCCAGACUGCUUCGAAGAUCUCAGUCAACUGGUGACCUGGUUGUGGGGAGUAGCAGGAUGGCCACUCGUACAGAGGAGCCCAGGUAUCACCUGGACUCUGACCACUCAAGUCAACAUGAGGAACGGCCUGAAGAGUUGGCACGGCGUAUCCUGGCAUUACCAGCCUCUAGCAACCGUCACUCGCUGCUUGUUCAAACUAGCGGUGGGAGCACGGCAUACUGUCAGAGCUCACUAGAGGAUACAUCAGAUUCACUCAACGCAGACCUCGAGGUUUGUGGAAUCCUUGGGACCUCUGAAGACAGCAGGAUGGCAACACUACCUCGCAACCUCGGCACCAUAGGCAAGAAGUGUGCUCUGGAUCUUGGAGACUCCAUGGCCGUUUGCGACCCCGAGGCCCAGGACUGCUUGGACAAAGUGGAGGAAUUCCCCACAAUCGAUAUCCCAGUGGACCCACUUCCACCUCCUGUAUUCCAAAAUUUACCCACAGUCAACAUAAACUCACCAUUAAACAAAGAAACAAGCCCAGCAAAUGAUGAUUUGAAAGAAAACAAGAAAUCUGAUGAAGAGAAGACUUUACAGCCAAGGAAUAUGAAUCCCAUAAUGGAGGCUCAUCGGAAGGCCUUUCGAGCAGCAGGAGGUAAAACAUCUUCCAACAAUUUAAGAAUAAGGAUAUGUAAUAAAUCACCACCAAAAGAGGGGGAGAAAGAGAAAAGACCUUUGGAAACAGAUAGUUCAAAUGAAUAUGAGUCUGAAACUGGCUUACCCAAAUCACCAACUCUAUUUAUUUCUGGAGUAUCUAUUAGUAGAACUCCUGAGCCAAAAUCUCCUGCAUUAGCCGGACGUCAAUCUCGAUCAUCUAGCCUUACAGCUUCCCUUCCCCCUCCCCCCUUAUCCCCUCUACUGCCCUCCCCUUUGUCAAUGUCUGUUGCUCAUUUGAAAGGGUCUUUGAAUUCACUGAACUCUUUAGGUCUUUCAUUCUUGAGAAGAAAAUCUCAAGAACCCACUUCCAAUACAAAGGCUGAAUUUAGCUGUACUACUGAGUCACCACUACACAAACAAAAUGAGAAUCCAAAAUCAAAAUCUGCCAGCGAACCAGAGAGGGAACGUGAGAUGUUCCGAUUUCCAAAAUCAUCUACAGACGGAGCUCUGAGCUCAGUUCUACACAUCCAGGAAAGUAAUCUGAGCUCAGAUGAUUUUCAUGAAGCUUUAUUCCUUUUGGAGAGAUCACCCAAGAGCAAUCAAGGGUCAAAAAGGAGAAAACGCAGCAAAAAGGAACGUCAGAAGGACAAGGAAAAUGCUUCUUCUGCAAAUAUAGUGGUUCCAGAAGCCAGUUCGGCUCUUUGAGAAUCGAUCACCUUUUAUGCCACAGACUUUAAAAUAAUAAUGAGAACUCGUACUUAAUGACAUGUAAGCUUUUAAGGCAUCCCCAACGCACAGAUGAAAAUGUUUUUGUUGAGUGUUCACGCAAUUAACGAUCGUUGUUAGACAUUCAAUACAGGUUAAACGAUACCUUAGAAUUAGAGCUAUCUGCUUUCGAUCUGUGCCUAAAUACCACUAACAUUUUACUCGUAAAGAAUUAAUUGAAGCUAGACAUUAAUAUAUUUUUCUUGUCUAACAAUUAUAAAAUUUGUGUGACUACUGUGCAACAUGCAGUCGAAGAACAUUUUGUAACUCAAUCACAUUCGAUUUACCACCUUUAACCUGUAUUGGAUAACGUUUUAGUAACAUAAUUACGAUUAUCAAGCUAGCACUGGCUUGUGUAAAUAUGUACUGAAUUAAACUUAUAAAACAAAUCAUAAUCGAUUAAAGUUUAUACUUUGAACGUAAGCCUGUUGACCAAUUAUAUCAUUACAAUAAUAAUUCAAAUCGUCAGUAUUUUUUUGUAUGAGAAUUGUUCAUCAUAAGAAGACUGUCGUUAAAUAAACUAAAUUAUCGGCACAAAAUCUCUAGCUGUGAUUGGUAGUGAGUGAAGCACUAGUAGAGUUUCCGCACAAUCACGUUCUAGGUUAGUGCAACAACUGCCAAUGUCUGUGAGUGUGUAUGUUUUACGACUCCAGCUAUGCUAUGUUUUAUCCUAACAGACCUUCAGCUACUGUUUCAAAAACAACACGGUGCUAAGUAAUUAUAAUUUUUUAUCAAUUAAAAAAAUCUUAUUCUUCUGGUUUUUGUACUAAAUGAUCACAAAUUGACUGUUUUAAUCAAGUAUUAUAUUAUUUUCAAAUUAAACUAAAGAAAUUUUUAAUUUUUAUGGCUCUACCAAUAAGGUUGAAUUGCAAAUUGUUGCUAAACAAAGUAUAAUCAUAUUAGAUUGUACUUAACAAAUUUAUUAUUUUAUAUUUAGAUAAAUUAGAAUAGAUUCAAAUAUUAAAUAUAAAUCUUGUAAUAAAAGAUCUCUACUUCAAGUUAAUCAAAUAUCUUCAAAUGUAUCUGUACCAUUUUCUCAACAAAAAUAUAUCAUCAAUAACGUGAUGAAUAUGUCAAUAUAUAUUGAAUAUUUGCAAGGUAUUUUAAUUAAAGAAUGAUGUUGGAAUAUAUUAAGGUUGUGUGAAUAGUAAUAAUAAAAACUAAUUUACUGUUAAAUACAUUCAUUAUUGAAAUGGUUUAUGAAGUGGAGAUUUGAACACACUAAUUUAAAAAGUAAUAAAUCAAUAUACAAUACAAAUUUACAUAAAUGAAAUUAUUCUUAUGGAAACUAAUCUAGCCAACAUCAUGAAAAUUAAUAAAUAUUCUUAAAGUUUGAAUCUUACCAUUUGAAAACUAAUUAAUUUCAUAAAAAUAUAAUCUAGGACAGAUUAGAUAAUAAUACUACAGAAGUGUUAAAUUAUUUUUUUAAAUUAUAAAUGUCAAAACAUAAUCAAGGGACUUAGUUUUACUAACUAAAUUUAAUGUUUAAGAAUCUUUACACUUUCAUGACAAAUAAUAUAAAAUGCAUCGAAUAUAACAAACAUACCAAGAUUAAUACAAUAAACAGUCAGACAACAAAGUUUUUUUCUACUUCCCCAUUCUGCAAUUGAGACAGAACUACUAUAUGACCACACAAAGGGUCAUUUUGACAUGACUAGAUCAACGAGACCUAGUGCAUGCAAUGGCCAUAUGCUUUAUUUAUGUUGAUAGUUCUGUGUUCAGUAGGAGUAGCAUAAUUUAUAUUACAAUUUUAUUCAGCACCACUAUAAUAUCCAACAUUUGUAAUAUUGAUUUCCACUUCAAAUUAAAUAACAGAAAUCACUGCUUAAGUUUGAAAUGUAGGAUAUUCACACAGCCCUAAUAUAGCCGAUAUUAACAGACUAUGAGUUAAUUACAAAUUAAAUAACAUUAUAAAAUAUUGAUUUCUGAUUAUUUUAACAAAUAAAUUUUACACUCAAUGAAUUAAUUAUGCCAAUACAGUAAUCUAACAAAAGUAAUCUUCUAGAUUUUCUGAGCUGCACUAAUCCUUAUUGGUAUCCAGUUACAAAGUUUGUGUACCAAACACAAAAAUCAAGAAAAUUAAAAAUAUUAAAUAGCUGAAAGUCUUUUAAACUGUAGGCUAUGUCCAUUCUUUUUAUGAAAAUGUAAAUAACGAGCUAGGUCUUUCAUUAGUUAGAUUUUUACUGGACGGUUAGUGUGAGAAUUUUGUAAUAAUCUAUCCUAAUCAGUAAACCAUCCCUGAAACUUAAGAUUUACUAAACUUAAAGUUUUUACGAAGUUAUUGAAAAAUAAAUAACAGCUUUAAUAGCCAAGUUGGUCUAAAAAUCAUUCACAUUAAGAGAGCAAAUUAUGUAUGUAAUUUUUAAAUGGACAUAGCCUAUUUAUAUACAAAUUUGUACUCCUGUAUAAAUGUUAUACAUUCAUCAUGACAUUUAAAGAAACUAAUAUUAAAUUUUGUAGUUAUUAAAAUUUGAAUGUUAAAUUUAUUCUCUUCACAGACCAGAUAUGAAAUGUAAUGGAGAGUUUUUUUAAUCUGUGUUUUUUAUAAUUUACAAACACUGUGGUAUGUAUUCAUAUAAUUUAAUUAUUGUCAUGCACUGUAAGAUCCAAAAAGUAUAUAUAGUAUCAAUUGAAUAUGUAAUCAAAAUCAGUAUGUCUGUUAUAUAUUAGUUUUAUACCAAUAUGUUUAUUUUUUCACAAUCCUCCAUAGAUCAAAGAUGUUUUAAUUUGAAAAAGUGUGUAGUUACAAGCUCUAAAGCAUUUUUAUUUUUCUGAACUGUAUUUUUGUUGUUGUAUUAUGUGCCAAAUCCUGUCACAUUUCCAGAUUUUAUAUUAUAAUUAUAGUUAAAAGACUGUUGAUUAGGGUACUUAAAAAUAACAUAGACUGGGUUAUUACUUAUAUACCAGUUAAACAUUUUUCACUUGUCAAAUUUAGUGCCUUCCCCAAUCCGAACUGUUGUUCCACUUUGUGUUGUCAAACAAAAAUUGAAGACCGAGAAUCAAUUUUUCAUUAGUUAUGACUAAGUAUAAAUAAUGAACACCCUGUGUAAAAUUCGGAUUAAUAAAUAUCAUGUGAUGUAAUACAACGAAGGUUUCGGCUAAAUGGAUUAAUGCCUUACUUUUCAUAGUUUUCUUUUUUUAAUUUUAUUAACUUUUUUUAGAUAAAAGCCAUUCCUUAUUGUUACAUAAUAUUACCUAACAAAAUUAAAAAUUUAUAGAGAAGAAAUUUUUACGAUUUUUAAAUGUGUGUCUCUUUUUAAUAUCAUAGUAUAUACUCUAACUUCAACACAAGUUUGAAGACCUCUUUUGAGUUGUAUAAGAUUGUAUCCUUACUAUUGUUGAGUUGUAUACACACAGUGGUAUAUUCCCUUUACCAACCCAUUGGUCUACUAGUUUAUAUAGCAUCAAAACUAAACAACCAAUCCAAUUAAUUUGAUUUAAACAUGGAGACUUCUGCUUGAAAUUGUAUUACUAUAGUUGAGCUUUUUUUGAGAAAUUUUAAUGAAACUAACGGAUUUAAUACAUGCAUCCUAAAAUGUAUUUUUGAUAAAAAAAAUAUAAAUAUAUAAAACUUAAAAGUGUAAGUGUUGAGACCUUACUUUUAAAUGUUAGUUAUUAGCACGCAAAAAUAAAUAAGGGAAUUACCUUUUACUCUCAAAGAAAUAUCCCAAAUAUCUUCAACUCAAAACUUGUGCAAUUCUGUACACUCACUGUUUGUUUUCUUUAGUCGGGUGUCUCUAAGCUGAUUGUGUCUUUAUUUUUCCCUUCCUACAAAUGUGUCAGUCUCAAAAGUAAAAUUAUUCCAUUCCCAUUAUUCCAUAAAUCACAGAAACAAAAUUAAGAUUGAAUAGUGCUGAUAUUUUGUGACUAAACAGCAAAUAUUUUACUGACGAGAUGAUCUCAUCAAAGUGUUUUUAUGUUAAAUAUAGCUAGCAGCGUAAUGUUCUCAUCAAAGUAGGCCAGUAGGUUAAAUAUCCAUUUAGAACCAGUCAGAUAUUAUAAAUGUUGAAAUAGGCCAAUAGUUUAAAUUCUAAUUUUAGGCCAUACAUGGUCAGGUCUUUUGUGACAUUUUUAUAUUUAACUGUUACACAUAUAUUAUCUUAAAUUCCCAAUUCAAUGUAGCUCAAAAUUUAGAAACACAAUUUGAUGCAGAGGUUCUAAAGUUAAGUGAAAAGGUAAAUUAAUAAAGUCAGAAAUUCUUUUAAUGAAGAAACUGUCUAUGUAUUUCUGAAGAGAAACACAUUAUGACAUCAGACCAAAAGUUGUGUUUGAGUUUUAAUAUUAUAGCAAUAGACCUCUAACAUGACAGUAAAAUUCCACAACUAAUGUUUGCAAAUUUGAAUCCAGUCUUUAUGGCCCACUGGGCACAAACUCAGAGUAGAUUUCCUUUUCAGUUAUAGACCUGACAUUUUAAAAUGUACUGGCAAUGUGCCACUUGGCUUUUGUACACAGUAAACUUCUGGAAAAGCUUAAUCUCUACAAGCUCCACAGCUUGUCUAAAUCAACUUUUAAGGAAUUUUGUUAAAAUCCUUGAACAUCAAGGAUAUUUGUACAUAUAUAGUGCUGGCCAUUGGGCUUUGCCAAUUGCAAAGGGUAAGAACUUACUCAAUGCAAUAUACACGCCAGUUUUGUUCAUUCAUGGACGUACAGGAUUCUGUAGUAGAAAACUGUUUUGUUCCUGAGACUUCACCUUCUUUGCUCCAAAAGCCACUCCAAAAUUGAAUAUAUACUGCAUGGAACAUGCAUACCAAUUUUGGUUAAAACCAUUCAGCAAUAAACUUCCAAAGUAGUUUUGGCUCUAAUAUUUGCACUCCCCUAUCCCUUGACUACUUUUGAUUUAAUUAGUCCCAACAAGGAACUUGAACCCCUUCACGAUUUUUACGUAAUAUGUUCAUAGCAUUGAGGUGAUUACGCAUUUUUAUAUUAUUCCUGUCUUUCUGUUGUCUGCCGUAAUAUUGUGCAAGAGCAUUUCUAUGACAAGCACGCGUUGUACAAGUAAUUCUGCUAUUUUCUACUAGAUGUCAGAACUUCCUUGGUCCUCUGUCAGGAGUGUUUGCACCUUGGUGAGUUUGCUGUAGUCACACAGUGCAGACAGGCUACAGUAUGCCGUUGUUGUAUUUCACCAAUCCUGGAGUAUUUUAUGUUUUUAUUUAUAGUGUGUACUGCACUAUGGAAAUAUCUGACACACAAAUAAAUGAUUGGCUUCAUUUGAAUUUAAAUAAAAUAAUGUAUCUACAAUAGCUAAAAAUGACAAAAAUUUGAAAAAAGAUAAUAAAAUUAACUUUUUUGUAAAAAAAAUAUAUAUCUAAAUUCUAAACAUGUAAAAAACAAACAAAAUCAGUAAAACACAAUGUUAGGUACAAAAACCGUUAGGGAUUAAUGAGAGAAUGUUUAUGUAACUUCUGUAGAGAUGCAUUAAGAAUUGAUGCAGUAAUAAUGAUACAUAUAGAUAAAUGGAUAGAGAUUCGUAUGAAUAAAAAUGUUGCUAUUAGUAGAUUAGAAAUCUACCUAGAAAAUAUAUAGUGUCUGGCUAAGAAACACUAGUCAGGAUCACUCGGUAUACAGUUGUAGUGAAGGUAUUGAAAUAAAUGUUGUUAUUUUAAUGGCUAGAUUUGGCUAUCCACAACUUUAUUGAUAAAUACUGAAAACAAAAACACUAAAAUAGAACAAUCCUUAAUAUGUUUACCUAAUAUGAAAGAUAAUGUUAUUUUUAAAACAAAACUAAAAAAGCAUUUACUUGUUAGCUUUUACAGGCACUAAGUUUGACAUAUGUGAUUGGACAUAGAUUUAUUUCAUAAAACUUAUCAUUCAUAAUCGGUGAGUGUGUGUGUUACCAUAGAAUAGGCUUAGGAUGUACCAGUACAUGUCUGUCACUAAAACAUUAAGUUUAUUGCUUCAAAAAUUACAGAUCAAAGUCUUAUUAUUGUUUUCUCAAUAUAAUUUUAACAAUAAUUGUAACUGUUUAAAUAAAAUUAAAAUAAUUUGUCCUUAAGUUUCUGGGACUGAAGUGUGGUUUUCUAAAACAUAAUCUUUUAUUUGGAAAACUUUCAAGAUAGGAAAUAUAGUAUAUUGAAUUUAAGUAAUUUCUGUACUGAAUAUCAGGCAUCAAUCUACAUUUGGAAAUUUGAUAUGCUUAAUAUAAUUAUACCAUAAGAAUCAAACAAUGCUAAUAUAACAAACAUUUCUUAAUGUCUCAAAUUGAUUACAAGUAAAAGUGUUUGUUCAAAAAUGUUCAACAUAUAAACCUAUAACUCUCAUAAUCAUCCCAAGUUAAAAAAAUAGAUAGUACAAAUUCAUGAAUAGCAGAGUGAAGAAUAAGAAUACUAGACUUUCUUCACCCUUUGCUUGCUAAACCAAAAUUUUAAUCAUACAAUUUUUUAAUGUAAACAUGGAUUACGUUCUGCAUAAUUUUAAAUCUUAUUAUUAAAAAUCUAACGUUUUGGUACAUAAAUAUUACAAAUUUAAGAUCUAAUUCACAAUAGCAGUAACAAAAUGUUGUAAUUUACCAAACACUCCGUAUUUUCUAUAGAUGAAAACAAGAAAUCAUGGGCUAUAAUUUAAGAUAAAGUUAAUAUAUUAUUAACUUCAUAAUAUUAUAACACCUUAAAAACAUGGGAGAAAUAGCCUAAAAAGGAAGUUUUCCUUAAAGCGUGAAAACAAAUAGUUAGAUUAAAACAUUGGUUAAGCGUAAUAAACAGUAGUUACUAAUAUUUUAUAAUUAUGUACAGCAAUAUAUAGCUUUCUAUUAUUUUUAAAUUUUUUAAUGCAUAUAUAUAUAUAUAUAUAUAUAUAUAUGCAUUAUCAUAUAUAUAUAUAUAUCAUCGUAUAUAUAUAUAUAUCUUAUAAUAUCUUAUAAACGUAUAUAUAUAUAUAUACGUUUAUAAGAUAUAUCUUAUAAAUAAAAACGAACGACAAAAUGUGUUGCCAAGUGCUAAUCUCUGGAACGGCUAGACCAAAUUAGACUAAUUCUUUUUGUAUAAUAUGCAUUGAAAUCUGAGAAAAUAUUAUAUGAGGAGAAAGAUUUAAAAUUUUACCUGGAAUAAAUUUUAAUUUGGGAAAAUUUUAUUAUUUAUAUUUUAUAAUCCAAAUUUAACUAACGCCGCUAAACAGCUGUUAACACUUUAAGUUGAAGUUUGUCAAAGAGUCACAGACAUUUAUUUACAAAUGAAAUUGUAGAACAGUGUUUGAUCAGUAGGGAUGCAGAUAGCAAAUAAAAAGUUAAUAUCUAAAUUCUACUCUGAAUUGCGCUAGUGACGGAUUUAAGACAUUUAAUGCAUUGUAAAUAUUAUUUAAAUACUGUUACCGAACCAAACUUAUAUGCCUACAAAAUCCUUUCUUUUCCACACUACAGUCUGAGAAACAACAAGACUUUUAUAACGCAAAACCUUACAAAUGAUUAUUUCGGAAUAUUGCAUGAACUUAGUCAGGAUUUCCCCUAUUACCGGAAGUAGACAAGAGGUUGGCAGAAAUUCCCUAUAGGCCGUAGCAAUUCUUUUGAUCAGUGCAACAAGGCAAAUUAAACUGUGGCACUGAAGUGAAUUUAAGUGGCUGAAAGUAGGCUUUUCAGUCCUACAAAUGCAUAUAUGUUUCUUCAUUAGGACAAGGCAAACUCUACUAUGGUACUGGAAAUAUCUAAGGCUGGGAGUAUAUGACAGGAGUUAGAAGUAUAUGCUUUUUGGCCAAAGCAGGUUUCUGAAACCUAUAUAUUUGUAUUUUCUUGAUUGAUGUAACAAGACAGAAAAUAUAAUACAUGACGUUGUAUAUAUAGUUAAUUUGAACCAGAAAUACUCCUACACGUGCAAAAUACGAUAUAAGAAUCAGGUUAAACUCUUGAUACUCUUACCCAUGAACAUUUAAAUAAUAACACUUGAUGUAUGUCUACUUACUUUUAAAAAAUUCGUAGGAAUCCACCAUAUUACGUCAAAGGGCUUUAACUAAGCAGUAUAGGGACUUUGAUUUUGAAAAGUGCGUGCAAAGCCGUGGCCAAAAACUAGUAUAUACAAAUAUAUAGAACUACAUUUUUUAAAUUGUAUUUUUAGGUCUUUUUGGUUACUUAUAUUCAACAUUUUGAAUAAAGCUGAUGAAAUUUAUACUUAUUGUUGUCUUUUUCUAAAAGAAAUGUUAGGUGUAAAUCAUAAGCGGAUUUUUAUGGAAUAGACAUAAACAAGCAAUAUUAAUAAAACUUAAUUGCUUGUAAUUUAUAGUUGUUUUUUGAAAUGUUUACAUACCAGAAAUUUAUGUUUUUGAACACUCAAUUGAUAAAUAUUUUCAUACAAUCUCAAUAACUGAGAUCAUAAAUAGUCCCUUCAGGACUUAAGUACAAAUAACUGAUGUAAUUAAACUGACUUGUCCUUCUCCCACACGUUCGGAAGCAUCCUAUAAUUGGCUGGUUAUCCUCAAAGGGAUAAUAUAUCUAUAAAAUAUAUAUAUCUCACUAAAAUUACUACUUUACAUAUAAUUUAAUAAUUAUUAACACAGCAAAACAAAAGUGAAAAGCUAGAUGGCAAAAAUGAAAGGAAGUGAUUCAAGAGCAAUCCCAAGAGUGUCUACACAACACUCUCGCAAGCUACUGCUAAAUAAGGUAAUACUGGUAAAUGCUGGUAACCAUAAAACGGGAUAGAAGAUUUUUUUGUUCCUGCGUCAACUCAGGUUGAUCCAUUGAAAAUAUUUCAGAAGCCCAAGUUCACUUUAAAAAAUCUAAUAAGAGGCCAACACAAUGUCAAACAGGUUCAAAACAUGGUUGCUAAAAAGCUUGAGCAAGAAAUUAAAAUAUUGUCAUUCCCAAUUUUCCAUACAGUUUUCACAACAAUACAUGAAUCUUGUUCCUGGCAUAACAUGUACUGGUCUCCUCAAGAUAGAACCCUUUGUAUUUGUUGAAACAUAAGAAUGUAAAGGACCAAAGACUAGUAUAUGUCUACCAUAGAUUGUCUUUCAUUUUUUGUUCUGUUGUCUCUUAUAGUUCAAUGUUUUAUGAGCUAUAGGUAGUUCGACCAUUCGAGUGGCUAUACUCCUUUAACUUAGGCCUAAUCUAAAGACUUUUAUUAAGAAGCUCUUUUCACAUUAUUUUUAUUGUAGGUUCUUCUCGCUGGCUGACUCGGUGAUCAUGAAAGGUAAGUAAGUAGUAGAUUUUAUUUAGAUGUAUAAUAGAUUAUAAAUGUUAGGUCUCACUAAAAUAAUUGUAAACAGAAACAUUUUUGUAUAAAAUAACUGUUCUUAUCUAAAAAAAAAUGUAAAUUAACAUUUAUGAAUGCCAACAGGCAUAAUUUAAUUUUAAAUAGAGACUUACACAAGAAAAUACUCAUACGUUUGUUGUGGCAAAGCAAAUAAAUGUACAUUAAUAUUUUCUAUAAGUAAUUUCAAUAGGGUAGAAAAUAGGCUGUUUACAAAAUUAAAGAAAAUACUCCUUGUCUAAAAUAUGUUAUUAUUUAAUGUAUUUGCUUUCUAUCACAUUAUUAUGAUGAUUCUUUUUAUUGUACAUUAUAUUAUACUGAUAAGUUUAUUUUGAGUUAAGUUCAGGAUAAAGCACACAAUGAACUUAUUUAUCCUUUGAUUUUGUAACAAUCUGUGAGAAGAUAUGCCAUUGAAUGCUAAGAUUUGUUGCUGCUGGGAGUGUCUAAUUGCACACUCUCUAGCAGCAAAUAACAGAAGUAUUAAUUAUAAACAUAUUACACUAAAUAUCUUAUGUGAGCAAAUUCUGGCAAUAUAAAAAAUAUCCAAUGAUUAAAUUAAAUUAAUCAAAAUGAGGUUAUUAUUAGAAGAUUUAAAUACAAUUAGCAUGGUAGUGCUAUCUACAAAAAGGAUAGAUUUUUGGGUGAAGCUCAUUACGGGAAGGUCUGAAAAUGUUUCUUAUUAUUUGUAUACUAAAAGAGUCACCUAUUCCAUGCACUUUAAAGAAUAGAGAUAUGGAAUUAUAAGUGUUAAGUGUAAAAAGUACUUACCUACAAAAUAAACAAGUUUAAUUUUAACUAUAACUUUAAUUUACUAGGGUAUUUUGAGAAGAGCUGAAGGGUUUUAAGAGUCAGUAAAAUUAAUGGUUUGAGGUGAGAGCAGAAACUGUUAAAUGUGGGAAGUACUUUACAUACAGUGGAAGAAAGUCCUUCCUUGCCAUAUAGCUACUGUCCCUAUAUUGUACAUGAAGUUAGAUAGAAACUGUUUUAAAACCAAAACCUUUCAACGCUGAGUGACUUUUAUAAUAUUUAAAUAUUAGAUAAUUAUUGGUUUACUUGUUAAAAUGCAAAUUCCGUCUUUGUUGGUUGUAUUUACCUUACAAACAGUUUGAGCAACUGAAUAGAUAUGGGUUUCAUAUGUUACAGAUAGUAAUGAUAGCUAAUGGUGGUAAAACAUCACAGCCUUUGCUACUUAAGGCCCUUGUACUAUUAUUAGCCCACUGGUUGCCACUACCACCCUACUGUCUUUUAACAUAUGAUUGUAUUGGACCUUAUUACACUAGGGCAUCAAGAGGCACAGCUGCAUUCCUGGGCAUUGUUUUUAAUGAACCUUAUCGUACCAAGACGCACUAUGAGAUUGUCAUGUAGACGUUGUUCCAUCAGUCAUCACUGUCUAAGCACUGAGAUUCUCUAUAUAAGUUGCGCCACUAACCACCACAGUCUAAUUAAUUUUAGCAGCAUAACUCAGCGACCUAGUGUAAUACUUAAUGAUUAAUACUUGUGCUCACUUCACCAGUUUAUUUAUUCACCUCUCAACCAAUGCACGAGCAAUUUUCACCAAGCAUGUAAUUUUUGUAGUAUGUUAUACUCUGCUAAAUCCUGGUAAAAAUUUGAUUUAAGACUUGAAAACAGAUUGAUUUAUACGAUUCUUUUCUACUCGCUCCAACAUGAAAUUAAUUUAAAUUAAUUUCUUCGUGACAGCUUCGGCUUUUUGACCUUCUUGUUGGUACAAAUAAGAAAGGCUCAGACCUAAACAAAAUACUGAUUGAAAAUCUAUUUUGUGUUUAUCAAGAAUCGAGAUCUUUAUUCAUUAGUAAACAUGCAAUGAUGCAAUAGAUCAUAUCAUUACUGUGAUAUAGAGAAAUCUCAAUAGAAAAAAAUUGUAAUACACCCUCAUAUGAUAAAUUAAAAUAAACUAUCCACUAUGCUAGUUUUGUUUAUUGUGUGCUUAUUAUGAAUGACUCUUACUAGUACUUAGAAUAAGUUAUUGAUUAAUUUUUCUCUCUAAGAAUUAAACAUUUCAAAUAUUGAUUCCAUUAAGAAACAUUAUUUUAGUUAAUUAAAACAAAAUAUUUUAAGUACCUAAUUUAAUUAAAACGAUAAUUUUAACUGCUAAUAUAUUGCUGAACUUGAUGCAUUUAAAAUUUUUUAGCAAAUAUAUUGCAUAUAAUUUGUUAUUAAGUUUAGUUUUUACAACCUUCAGACCUAUGUUUAAUAAAUAAAAUAAUUUAAGUACUUCUCUGAGGUUGAACAGUUUCUAAAGUUAUGCUCUACAGGAUUAAUUUCUUAGAGAUAAUCUCCUAUACGUAAAAAAAUUCUGGAAGUGAUUUGCACUGUCACAACUUUUUAGGCACGAUUUAUUAUUAAUCAAAUUUAACAUAACAGUAAAAAAGCAAUGGAAUCACAAAGUUAUAUAAUAAAUAAUUCUAUGACUAUAAUUAUUGCGGCUAUGAAGUUGGACAUUUGAUAAAAACCUGUAAAUUUUGUUGCUUGGAAAAUUCUAUUAUAAUUUAGUGGAAUUCAUUGUAAAUUAUAUUUACGAUUUGGUCUGCCAAGGAUCAAUUAAAUACUCAGUAUUUAACUUUUAUUAUUAAAAAUAUCCCUUUUAUAUAGAAAAUAAUUUAACCACCUGUUCAUUUUCAUAGCCAUUAUCUAAAAAAAAAACAACCUAACAAAACAUGUAAUCUAAAUUUAUAGAUGGUAUGCUCAAACUUUAAAGUACAGUAGAUAUUAUUUUAAGCCAUAGGUUACUUUAAUAGGUAGGAUUUUAAUAUGCUACUCACAUUCAAAUCGUUACCCAGUGCCAACCUCCCUGAAACCGAAACCAGAAAACUCACCAGCCGAAAGCCAAAUGUGGACAUUUUGUAAAUUAUUAUCUUAGCGGUAGUUACAACUAAGUGAUUAUUAAAUUUACGAAAAGCGCUUCGAUACUGUUAUUUCUAUGUUGUUUGUUUUGUAUUCAAGUAAAAAUAAUAUGUUGAAUAAAAUAAAACUAUAUUGGUCACAAAGAGGA